AUGAGCCUCGCUCACCUGCCAGACGAAUUGCUGCUCGAGAUUUUUGACCAUGUUGACGACUUGGCCACACUGAGCAGGCUAAGCAGGUGCAACAGCUGGCUGUUCAGCGUCUUGGAGCCGCGCCUCUAUCAAUACAGCCAUGAACAUGCGGACAGCAUCGACAUGAAAUGGGCCAUGGAGCACAACAAGGACUACCCUUUCCGAAGACGACUGGCAUACAACCUGCCCUGGUUCCCAGAUAGACUGUCAUGCCUGUAUGGCGCUGCCGAUCGUGGAAGCGAUCGUGUGCUGGAUUUCGUUCUGGAAUCGAGCAAGAAACUUCCAUGGGAGAUGAACAAAAUCCUAGAGCAUCCGUUGAUAGUUGCCAGUGUCAGAGGCCAUCUUGCGACAGUGCAGGUACUGCUUCACCAUGCGACUGCCGAGUAUCAUCAGCAGCGGCGCAUUGGUACAGAAGCGGCUGGAGCCGAGAGCCUAAGACAUUCUCUCGCCACUUCCUUUCGUGGCGCUCUGGACCAAGAGCACGGCGCCAUUGCGCGUGAGCUUGCCGCAAGUGUCAUUGUGGACAGGGAAGUAUUCGACCUUGUCGAUAGUCGCCAUGUUCCCUCGAAUUCAGAUAGACUCCCUUGUAUAGUCAGUGCGGCAGUCCGCGGUUGGGCCGACACCUUGGAGCUCUUGAUCAGCAAGGGAGUCGACCGGGAAGCUCGCGCCCCAUCUGGAGCCACUGCGCUGUACGUUGCAGCUCUCCAGUCCGAGCUUGACUGUGUAGAGGUGCUUCUUCAAGCCGGUGCCAAUCCGAUCCUCGAUGCUGGGCCUGGGAAUGGAACCCCACUCGGAAUUGUGGCCACAUCCCGAGAGACGCAUACUGAGCUCCUGAGGACGCUACUCACAGCAGCCAAGGCUUUUGACACAAACUUUGCGGUCCGGGGAGGACUGCUUACAAUUCCAGACGGUCAUCUGUUGAAAGAGCACAAGAAGCUGCUAAUGGAAGAUGCACUAGAGUUUGCGGUACUGACCCCAAGCCCAUUACUCAGAGCGUGGGUGCUCGCCAUAGCAAUACGGCACGGUGACUUGCAGGCUGUGGGGGUCCUGCUAAAGAGCAAUGCCAACACUAAACUGCAGAUUGGACGCUGCACCGCAGUUGAGCAUGCAAUAGAAAACGACCAGAUCGCGAUCGUCAACGUUCUUGUCGGCCACUGCCCCGAAGCACUGAUACAAGGCUCAAAUGGGACCACUGCUCUUCAAUUCGCAGCGAUACACAACAAGGCAGCCAUAUGUGAGCUGCUACUGAAGCAAUAUUGUGUUGACGUCAAUUGCCCCUCACUUAAUGAGAGGCAAACGACUGCGCUGCAUGAGGCGGUCCGCAUGAACCACCCACUAAUGGUGCUAUUUCUCUUACAAAGCGGCGCCAAUAUACAUGCCAAAGAACAGGGUGGAUACACGCCGCUGCAUGUAUGCGCCAUGUUUUCCGACGAGCGCAUGGCAGUACUGCUGCUGGAGCACGGGGCCGACGUGCGUGCUGUGACUGACGAGAAGCUCACAGCGCUGCAAGUCGCGCAGAAGUGCGGAAACCCAACCCUGAUGCGACCCGCCCUGCUGAGCGUGUUGAGCCGCAAGAGACCAUAG